GGGUGCACCACAAAAGAAGCCCCCAUCCGGUUUUCUGCACUUCCAACAACCAACUAACAUACAAAGAAGUUGUGGGAAAAGUAGUAACGGUUCUCGCGUGUAUUACAUGUAUUAUAUAUGUUUCGGUUCAUAACUUUAUGAAAUCGUUCACAAACACACCAUAAGGCUCAAAGUAAAAAAGCCGCUCGUGCAGAUGUCGUGUACGCUGGUCAGCCACUCUGGAGCGCGGGUCCCUCUGGAGAACGGACGAGCGGUGAUUCUGGGCCGGGGUCCGGACACCGGAGUCACCGACAAGAGAUGCUCCAGGCACCAGGUGAAGGUGGUGGCUCGCUAUGCAGACCAGGAUGUUGUUGUUACUCAGCUGGGUCCCAAUCCCAGUUUCCUGGACGGUGAGAAGCUGGGCCGGAGCCAGUCUGGUAAACUGACCCACGGAGGAACCCUCUUCCUGGUGAACCAGAGCCACCCGUUUAAACUGCACUACUCCCCGAGCUCAAACGAAACGGCGCAGAAAGGCCUAAAAGCCACCGAUAAGACAAAAGGAGGCAGAAACGGGAAAGAGGCGCAGUCGAGUCCAAUUCCCAAGCGGAGUUUAAAGGAUUUCUUUUCUACCUCUCCCAUGAAGUCAUCUAAAAGACAGCUGAGUCCAGAGAGGGGACAGCCUGAGGUGAAGCGCCAACGACGAGACGAGGAGGCCUCAGGAGGACCAAUGAAGGAAGAGGAUGAGGAAGAGGAGAGAAUGGCGGAAGAAAAGCUCAAGCAGCUGCAGGAGUUGGCAGAGAAGUCUAUGACGGAGAGGAGCAACAGCACCCGGCCUUCGUCAUCGUCAUCCUCUGUGAAGGAAUGUCUGAAGAGCAGCUGGCAGCAGAUCGGCAGCCUGAUGCUUUACACGGCUGCUGGUGUCAGAGGCAGCGAAAAGAUUGCCGGGUUUGACAUAGAUGGCUGCAUCAUCACCACCAAGUCUGGGAAAGUCUUUCCCACUGCGCCAGAUGACUGGAAGAUACUGUAUCCUGAGAUUCAGCCCCGGCUGGCCAGCUUGCUCAAGAGAGGAUACAAGCUGGUGUUCUUCACCAACCAGAUGGGGAUCGCCAGAGGCAAACUGAAACCAGAAGUCUUUAAGUCCAAAGUGGAGGACAUCCUGGCCGCGCUGCAGCUGCCUGUGCAGGUGUUCGUGUCCACCAGUCCUGGUCUCUACAGGAAGCCGGUGAUGGGAAUGUGGAAUCACUUGUGUGAGAAGGCAAAUGAUGGCGUGACCGUUGACAAGACGCAGACUUUCUAUGUCGGAGAUGCUGCGGGCAGGCCGGAGAACUGGGCUCCAGGGAGGAAGAAGAAGGAUUUCUCCUGCAGUGACCGACUGUUUGCUCUGAACAUUGGACUGCAGUUCCACACCCCAGAGGAGUACUUCCUGGGCUGGAAGAACGCCCCCUACAGCCUGCCUAAUUUUGACCCUAGGAAGCUCGACUCCACUGCCGGGCUGUUGGACCCUCUAUCCGCCUGUCUCACCUCCAGCAGGACUGAAGUCAUUGUUGCCGUGGGUUUCCCUGCGUCUGGUAAAUCCACCUUCUUCCAGACCCACGUCAUUCCCAAAGGCUACGUGUACGUCAACAGGGACACACUCGGUUCGUGGCAGAGCUGCGUUUCGGCGUGUGAGCACGCCCUGAAAGAAGGCCGCAGCGUCGUGGUGGACAACACCAACCCAGACCCAGAGUCUCGCAAACGGUAUGUGGACGUGGCAACGGCAGCAGGAGUGCAGUGUCGCUGUUUCCACUUCUCAGCCUCUCUGGAGCAAGCCAAGCACAACAACAGAUUCCGUGAGAUGGUUCCAUCGAACAGCAAACACGUUAAAGUCAAUGACAUGAUUUUCCACAGCUACAAGAAACACUUUGUGGCUCCUGCUCUCCCGGAGGGAUUCUCCGAGAUCCUACAGAUCCACUUUGUCCCCAACUUUAAGGACAGCCAAUCAGAAACCUUGUUCCGGCAGUUUUCUGAGGGCUGAUUGGACAGAAUUCUAACGUCGUUUGACUGUCAAAUUCUCACUGACAAAAACAAAAUGGUAGAUAACAGCCAGAGAAGCAGCUGAAGAGUGAGAUCCAACCAAUGAGCAACAGUGAUAGAAAAUACACACCAAGUUAGCCAGUAGACACCGACAUGUUUCAGCUGGUGGACUGUCUGGUGCUCCCCGCUCACUUCUGUGCAGAGUACUGUAUGUCAAUGGCCUCUAACUACAGAUUCAGACCAGUGAUGGUAACUAGACUUGCAUUAAAGUAAUAAAGUACAGGUGUAUUUCCAUUAUAUAUGCCUCCGAUUAUGCAUGCAUUAUACAUGUUGAGUUUAGAAAAAUGAAAACAACAAGAAUUACUUUUUCUUUAAAUGUUGCGUAUGAAUUUACAAGUGAGUUUACCGCACCACAGUUAUAAAAAUCAUCAGUAUUCCUUUUGACAAUAAAGCUUUGGAAAAUA